AUGCGGAGGUGGCCCGUCGCGGAGCACCGAACAGGCCGCCGGCCGGUGGCCGUUGCUGUCGCCAUCCACCUCCUCGCGCAGCUCGGGCCCGCCGCUGGGGUGGCCCUCGACCAGCGCACCAGGUCGCAGGAGGCCUCGCGCCAGCAGCAGGCGGCGAGGUCGGCGCUGCGCAGCCGGUCGGGCAAGGCAGACCCAGCGGUGCCGCCGCUGACGCCCACCCAGUACCUGCUGAUCUCCAGCCCCGCGGAGUCGAAGAUCGUGUACACGCAGCUCUCGAACUUCAAGUCCGAGGCGGGCGUCGCCACGGCGCUUGUCGACUCCGGCCUCUCCCAGCCGAGGGGCCUAGCGCUGGACCACACCCACGGGUACCUCUACGUCGCGGACUCGGGCCUGCGGUCGAUCUACCGCUUCCACCUGAUAUUUCAG